GCACUGAAACGAGGAACGAGGAUCUCGGGAGUAACGAAGAGCCACAUGCGGCCAGAGGAGAGCAAAGUCAGAAGGCAGGUUGCGUGACAUGUGAAGGGAAAGCGGACAUAGCGAGGCACUGUGGAGGCAGUAUGCAAGGUUUACGGGCAUCCUCUGUACCACCACCAAAGAUCGGGUCCUAAAGCUGCUUCAGAGAAGAUCAGACAUGGAUCUGGAAUAUGCCACCAGGAACGAGACAUUCACAGACAAUGCCAGUGACCCAGUUCACAACACAUACAUUCCAUCAUGGGACGAUUUCAACAGCAGCGUUAAUGACGUCCGCUACUUCUUGAUUGGACUGUACACAACAGUGAGCAUAUUGGGGCUUCUGGGUAAUAUCCUUAUAUUAAUGACACUAGCAAGGAAAUGGAAGGAAAAGACCAUCAUCAACUUCCUGGUGGGUCACCUGGCGUUCUCGGACAUCUUGGUGGUUUUGUUCUGCUCGCCGUUCACUCUGACUUGUGUUCUGCUGGAUCACUGGAUCUUUGGGGACGCCAUGUGUCACAUUGUUCCGUUCCUGCAGUGCGUAUCAGUAGUCGUCUCGACGCUGGUGCUCAUGUCCAUCGCCAUGGUCCGGUAUCACAUGAUUAGCCACCCGUUGUCCGCUCAUCUCUCGGUGAACGCCGGCUGCCUCCUUCUGGCAACGAUCUGGGCGCUCAGCCUGUCUAUGUGCUCGCCCCUGCCGGUGUUCCACACCACCGUGGACUUGAGCGAGAGGUUCCACUUGGAACCUCUGCGCAACAAGUCACUCUGUAUAGAGUCGUGGCCCUCGAGCGGGUAUCGCAUCGCCUUCACCAUCAGCCUGCUCUUCAUCCAGUACGUCCUGCCCGUGGCAUGCCUCACCGCCAGUCACGUUAGCCUCUGCCGGAGAGUCAGCGCCAGUGUCCAGGUCCAGCCCCGUACUCAGGCGGAGGAGAACGAGAUGAUCCGGUUAACCCUCCAGCAACCGGAUGAGGCGGCCUUCCGGCGCACCAAUUCUGACAGUUGGAGGUUGGCUCUAGCCCGGAAACAGAGGAGAAGAUACAGCAAAAAGACCUGCUUGAUCGGCCCGGCGACUUCGAGCCGGGAAACGGACUCCAGGGAACGGUUGGCACCCAAAGAGCAGGACAAGCCUCCAGCUCCUCUUCUACCCACUGUUCCCAUCUGCUUCGAACUCAAGGAGGAUGAGACCAUGGAGCUGCAGAAGAUGCUCAGGGCCUCCAAGUCGGUGUCCCGGAUGAGGAGGAGGACGCGCGGCGUGUUCAUUAAGCUGACCACAGUGGCGCUGGCUUUCGCCGUCAGCUGGAUGCCACUGCACCUCUUCCACCUGGUGACGGACUUUAACGCCAAUCUGAUCUCCAGUCGCCACUUCAAGCUCAUAUACUGCAUCUGCCACCUGCUGGGGAUGAUGUCAUGCUGCCUGAACCCCAUUCUAUAUGGAUUCCUAAACAAUGGGAUCAAAUCGGACUUGCUGUCCUUGAUUAAAUGUUUCUAUAUGUCGUAACACUGUGCAAAAGUCAAAGUGUUUAAAGCUAUUUAUGCAGGUAGU